GGAAAUAAAACGUCAAAACUGAAAUUAUUAUGUAAAAUCUGAGUAUAUUUGAGUUAAAUCUGUAAAAUUUCCGCUUCCGAUGUGAAAACCGAUAUGUAUAGAAUAGUUUUUCUCAAAACGUUCAGUUGCUGGUUGGCUGUUGGAUGAGUGAGUGCGCCCGCGAAUUUUAAAAAUGUCGUCCUUAGCGGUAUUUGAUUUCGAUCGUACGAUUGUUCAGGACGAUUCGGAUAACACCAUUAUUAAUAAAUUACGUGAAAAAAAGCCGCCACCAGAAUGGGAAGUGACCAACCAAGACUGGACUCCGUACAUGAGCGACGUGUUCGAGCACGCGUACUCAGCGGGACUCCACCCGAGUCACAUCCUGGACAGCAUCGCGUCCAUGAGGCCGACCCCCGGGAUGCAGGAACUGUUCCGGGAGCUACACGAGCGAGGCUGGCACUUGUUGGUCCUCACCGACGCUAACAGCGUGUUCGUCGACCACUGGCUGGACACUCACGGCUUGAAGGAUACGGUGACGGCGGUGGUCACCAACAAGGCGUUCUGGAACAACAAUCGUCUCUUCAUCGAGCCCUGCAUGAGGCAGGGUUCCUGCGCUCUCUGCCCCACGAACUUGUGCAAGACGCUGGCCCUGGAGCAGUUCUGUGAGGGGAGGAGCUACCGGCGCCUCGUGUACUGCGGUGACGGCAGGAACGACUACUGUCCCGCCAAACACUUACCGUCCACUUCGACCGUGUACCCUCGGAGCGGCUUCCCCCUCCACACUCUCAUAAAGAACGAGCCGUCGUCAGUGAGCGCGCGGGUCGUGCCCUGGGAGGACGCCUUCGCUAUACUGAGAGACUUGUUCAACGACAAACAGAAAUAAUGGCGGAAUUAUCGUAUGUUAUAUAAUAAGUUAGUAUUAGUUACCUUAAUACAAGUUCGCGUCGUUAAACUGUACACGUGUCUUCGUUCUUCAUUCAUAUACCUACGUUUAUUCUGCGAGUGAAGAUUUAUGAAUGAAAAACUUGAGUCGGUGUUUGGUUUUACGAUGAAACCGAUGGUAACUCGUAAGGACGCUGCACUGUUAGUGAUCGCGCAAUGAUUCUGUCCGAUAUAUGUAAUAGCACAAACUGAAAUAGUUUAAAACUAUUCCUAAAUACCUUAGUAUAUGUGAUUGUGAUUUAUUUAUUAGUUACUUGUUUAUGUAAUAGAAAAUUGUUUUAUUUUAUAAUAAAUAACUGUAUCAGUA